CACAAAGCUACCUCUUUUCUGUCCAACUCUUAUCACUGUUCUUCAUAUUUUAGCCUAAUAAAGACUGCGGAUCCAUGGCAGCAACUUUUAUCUUCUUCAUCUUGUUAGCAGCAUUCAGCCUCUCCAUUCUGGGUGUCUUUUCAUUUGAGCCUGCGCCCAUGCAAGAUUUCUGUGUAGCAGAUCCUACAAAUCUAGUUGCAGUUAGAGUGAACGGCAUGGCUUGUAAGAACCCAAUGUUCGUCCAAGCCGACGACUUCUACUAUAGCGGCCUCCACAUCAAUGGCGACACAAGAAAUUCUUAUGGGUAUAGAGUUACGCCUGUAACCGUAUAUCAGAUUCCAGGACUCAACACGCUCGGGCUCUCGAUGAUCCGGAUUGACUACGCGAUAUGGGGAGCUAACCCACCACACACUCACCCUCGAGCAACCGAGAUACUUACGGUUUUAGAAGGAACGCUUCAAGUUGGAUUCAUUACUUCAGACCCUCAAAACCGACUCAUUACCAAAGUCCUUCAACGCGGUGAUGUGUUCGUUUUCCCCGUUGGACUUGUUCAUUUCCAAAGGAAUUUAGGUCAUAGCAAUGCAACUGCAAUCGCUGCGCUGAGCAGUCAAAACCCAGGAGUCAUUAGCAUCACAAACACUAUCUUUGGUUCCAAUCCGCCAAUUGCUACCGAGAUUCUAGCACAAGCUUUUCGAGUUGAUAACAAAACGGUGAAUCGAUUGAGAAGGAAGUUCUAAAACAUGUGUGAAACUUAGGGCCAAGUUGUGUUUGUGUGUUUGUCUUUUCUUGAUUGGUUUGAAGAAUUUGAUUCCUGGGAGUCGGAUAUUAAUCCAGCCAUUUCAUAAUCAUUAUCAGAAUGUUUAGAACGAUUACGAAG